CCCGGUAUACUAGGAAUCGAUAUUACAUAACUAAACAAGUUAUUUUAUUUCCUGAAUAUUUUACGCGUGUCGUCGAUUUUUUUUAUUAUUCAGUUAACGUCACCGCAAGUCUAAAAUUAUCAUUAAUACAAAAAAUUUAAUUGAGUUUGCGUCGGAACGCGCCGCUUCUAUUUUUAUUCGGCUACAACUCCAAAGUUUAGUAUGAGAAAAAAAAUAAAAAACAACGGUGACGUUUAAAAAACAAUUAUAAUCAUCUAGACUAUCAUUAAUAUAUUCGAUUACUUCCUAGCACUACAAGUGACAUCAAUUACAUUUUGUUGUAAAGUAGAUAAUUAAUUUGUAUUAUUGGGCAGUCACAGUUGCCAUUGUCAUGUAACUGGGGACGGGUGGUCAAGUGGAUUUUAGUUAAUAGUGUUUUAUUUUUAUUCGUCAACUUCCAUGUUAUCUUGGAAAAACUUUAUGAAUGUUGUGUUCAGAUUGUUGGGUAUUUAUAGUACGGCAAUAAGCAUUGAAAGUGCGACAAUGGGUGAUCGGGUAGAACCACAAGCUCCAGGGCCUGAUUUAGUUGGUGUUAAUGUCGAAAGACCCCCAUUAGUGCAUCAACACUCAACAAUAUGGAAUAGGAGACAGAACGCAGUCAGUGUUCGACACGCCUACAAACACUACGGCUCCAAAAAGAAACCAAAUAAUGUACUUAGUGACUUGAACAUGACCGUUGGCAAGGGAACUAUAUAUGGUUUAUUAGGAGCAUCAGGUUGUGGUAAAACGACGCUUCUUUCCUGUAUUGUCGGAAGGAGACGAUUGAAUACUGGGGAAAUUUGGGUUUUGGGAGGAAAACCAGGUACAAGAGGUUCGGGUGUACCUGGUAAACGAGUCGGAUACAUGCCUCAAGAAAUCGCGCUCUACGGAGAAUUCACGAUCAAAGAAACUAUGAUGUAUUUCGGAUGGAUCUUCGGUAUGGAAUCCAAGGAAAUUUAUGAAAGACUGCAGUUUCUACUUAACUUUUUGGAUUUACCUAGUCAAAAUCGGAUGGUUAAAAAUCUUAGUGGUGGUCAACAACGAAGAGUAUCAUUCGCAGUAGCUUUAAUGCACGAUCCUGAACUUUUAAUCCUUGACGAACCAACGGUAGGUGUGGAUCCUUUGCUUAGACAAAGUAUAUGGAAUCACCUUGUACAUAUUACGAAAGAUGGUAAUAAAACUGUUAUAAUUACUACACAUUAUAUAGAAGAGGCCCGACAAGCACAUACGAUUGGCCUAAUGAGAAGCGGUCGACUUUUGGCAGAAGAAUCUCCGCAAGUUUUAUUAACUAUGUAUCAAUGUACUUCAUUAGAAGAUGUAUUUUUGAAAUUGUCCAGAAAACAAGUUCAAGUAGGAGCAACUGAUAACGAAGAACAGAAUAUGGCGAAUAACAUUAGUUUGGCUACAUUAAAUUGGUCGAAAAAAGAAGCCAUAUCAGUGACGGAAGAAAGCGGUGUAGUAGGAUUGAACUUCCAUCAAAGUAAAGAAGUUUUAGUUACCGACUCGAACGGGCACGUAGAUGGAGCGAGAACUCCCUCUGCAACUCAAGGUAUUAAAGAAGCGUGCGACGAUUGUGGAAAUUGUUCCGAAUUUACGACAACCGGAAAAAUUCGAGCUCUCCUUCAGAAAAACUUUUUAAGAAUGUGGAGGAACGUAGGGGUGAUGCUGUUCAUUUUUGCCUUACCUGUGAUGCAAGUUAUUCUCUUCUGUUUGGCUAUCGGAGGAGAUCCCAAAGGACUCAAGUUAGCUAUCGUUAAUCACGAAAAGAAUUAUACUAAUUUGACCUAUCAGGAAUGUAAUUGGGAACGGAAAUGUUCAUUUUCUAAUUUAAGUUGUCGAUAUAUAGACGCAAUAAACUCAUCGACAAUAAUCAAACAAUAUUAUCGAACGCCGGAAGAAGCUAAAGAUGCCGUUAGGAUGGGGGAUGCGUGGGGAGCUUUAUACUUCACCGAGAACUUUACCGACGCUUUGGUAGCUAGAAUGGCUUUAGGAAAAGACGCCGAUGAGGAAACGUUGGACCAAAGCGAAGUCAGAGUCUGGUUGGACAUGUCUAAUCAACAAAUCGGCAUAAUUCUUCAAAGGGAUCUUCAAUUAUCAUUCCAAAAUUUCACGAAAGACAUAUUUAGAGAUUGUGAUUAUAAUGAACAAUUGGCAGAAAUACCGAUUUCGUUUAAGGAACCGAUCUACGGAUCGAAUCAACCAUCUUUUACAGAUUUCGUAGCACCCGGUGUUAUUUUAACAAUCGUUUUCUUUUUGGCUGUGGCGUUAACGUCGUCCGCUUUGAUUAUUGAAAGAAUGGAAGGAUUAUUGGAUAGAUCGUGGGUGGCAGGUGUAACUCCAGGCGAGAUACUCUUCUCUCACGUUAUAACACAAUUCGUUGUGAUGUGCGGACAAACGGCUCUAGUUUUAAUCUUUAUGAUUCUCGUGUUCCAAGUAGAAUGUAGGGGUGAUAUUAUAACUGUAGUUUUCAUUACUAUUCUUCAAGGACUAUGCGGAAUGUGUUUCGGUUUCGUAAUAUCCGCGAUAUGUGAACUCGAACGAAACGCAAUUCAAUUAGCUUUGGGUAGUUUUUAUCCAACUUUAUUACUUAGCGGCGUCAUAUGGCCGAUAGAAGGUAUGCCUACAAUUCUCAGAUACAUAUCCACUUUUCUACCUCUGACCUUAGCUACGACGUCGUUGAGGUCUAUGAUGACAAGAGGAUGGUCCAUAGUAGAACCCGACGUAUACUACGGAUUUAUCGCUACUAUAGUUUGGAUAAUCUUAUUUUUAACGAUUAGUUUAGUUGUAUUGAGAGCGAAGAGGGGUUGAAAACUGAUUAAAUUAAGUAGAAGUGACAAAUUUUAUUCAUCAGAUAAUUCGGUAAUGAAACAAAAUCACAAAAUGAUUUCAAAUUGUCCAUUUAUAACCAGUAAAACUCAAAUUUGAUCGGUUUCGAACGCUUUAUUUAUAUUAGCAACUUGCCUCUUGUUUAAAUGUUUUUAGGGUACCAUUUAGUUUUUAAUUUUUUGUAUUAUUUUUUACUUAAUGCACGUACCGUCUUACAAUAAAUAAAUUUAUACUGGUAUAACGAUAAAAAUACUGCUCAUAUAAUAUAAAAAUAGGAAAAUAAUUAUUUCUAAAUUAACCGAAAUGGCCAUUGCAAACAAGAAAUAUGGUAAGCAGCGAAAAAUCGGUACUUGAAUAUAAAUGUUAAGAAUCUAAUAUUUUCUGUCCGAGAUUCAGGUUGUUUUUAAACUGUUGACUAUUUUUUUUAAUAUCGAUGUAAGAUGUACGGUUUGCAUAGAUAAUACAUGUGCUCAAGUUUAAUUUACAUAUUUAAGUGGUAUUGUGAUGUAUGUUUUGUUAUAUAGUAGGUAUAAUAAAAUUUUACCCAAAAAAA